AAUCUUUUCCAAAUUAAGCGUCGGAUUUGCGAACAUUUGUCAUUGUAGUUCUGCAAGGACGAACAGUUGUCCAUCCCUUAACCCAACUGUCAGAUGGAUCCUGUCAUUUGGCCGGUUAUUGGGAGCUGUUUGGUUCAAAUAGGGACAGUUAGUCCCAGAAGUGGGAUGGUCUAAGCAGCUUUACGCAUUCUCCACGACAUUUCCACAGGAUCCCCUUUAUAAAGUCAUGUUUCUGUCCGCUUCUCGCUCUUCUCAACGCCAUCAGUGAACAUCCGUUACCGUCCAGCGUCAUCAUGUCUUCUGUAGAGGAACAUGGAGGCCUUCAGGAGGAUGAAGAAGAGGAGCAAGGAGAGGGAGAACGCCCCAGAUACAAGCCAGUGGUCACACAGCACGGCGCACCAAAACUCCCUGAAGGAGAGAGGGUUGACUUUGACGACAUUCACAGGAAAAGGAUGGAGAAGGAUCUUCUGGAGCUGCAGACCCUGAUUGAUGUUCACUUUGAGCAGAGGAAGAAGGAGGAAGAGGAGCUGAUUGGUCUCAAAGACAGAAUUGAGAGAAGGAGAGCAGAGAGAGCCGAGCAGCAGCGUGUGAGGGCUGAGAAAGAGCGGGACAGACAGACACGAAUCGCAGAAGAAAGACAGAGGAAAGAGGAUGAGGAAGCAAAGAAGAGGGCAGAUGAUGAGGCCAAGAAGAAGAAGGUCCUAUCCAAUAUGGGGGCUCAUUUUGGAGGUUUCCUUGCAAAGGAAGAACAAAGAAGAGGCAAGAGACAAACUGCAAGGGAGAUCAAGAAAAAGACUCUAGCCGAGAGACGCAGGCCGCUGGGUAUUGAGAGCCUGAAGGAGGACGGCCUGAGAGAGAGAGCCAAGGAGAUGUGGGAAUCAAUCUACCAACUGGAGUCAGAGAAGUUCAACCUGACUGAAAAGAUGAAGAAGCAGAAAUAUGAAAUCAAUGUCCUUCUGAACAGAAUCCAACAUGCUCAGAAAUUCAAAAAGGGCCACGGGAAGGGGAAAGUUGGAGGGCGUUGGAAGUGAGCCUUCCCACAUCCGCACAGCACAAACCAACGAGAAGAUGCCUCCCCAGCUUGAGGAUAUAGCUGCAGUUGUUUCCUUAAUUAAUGUGUUUCCUGUGUGUCAUUUAAUGUGAUUUAUCCCUUUAAAAUCGCCCAUUCAGUUAAUAAUGCAUGCAUUAAUAAAAUAAACAUUUUUGAACAGUG